GCCGGGCCUCUGGGCUCCGCGCGGGGACGCGCUCUGAGGGCGCGCUCCGGACGGCGGCGGCGCGCAGGGCCGCCGUGGCGGGAGAAGCGCUUCCGGUGGCGGCGGAGGCGGUGUUGAGCGGGUCCCGAGAGCGGCGCGGGCGGUGGCCGGGGGGGAGCGUCCAGGACAAUGUCUGGAGAACUUCCACCAAACAUUAACAUCAAGGAACCUCGAUGGGAUCAAAGCACUUUCAUUGGACGAGCCAAUCAUUUCUUCACUGUAACUGAUCCCAGGAAUAUUCUGUUAACCAACGAACAACUAGAGGAUGCAAGGAAAGUAGUGCAUGAUUACAGGCAAGGAAUUGUUCCUCCGGGUCUCACAGAAAAUGAGUUAUGGAGAGCAAAGUACAUCUAUGAUUCAGCUUUUCAUCCCGACACUGGUGAAAAGAUGAUUUUGAUAGGAAGGAUGUCAGCUCAGGUUCCAAUGAACAUGACCAUCACAGGUUGUAUGAUGACAUUCUAUAGGACCACGCCGGCAGUGCUGUUCUGGCAGUGGAUCAACCAGUCCUUCAAUGCCGUGGUCAAUUACACCAACAGAAGUGGAGACGCUCCCCUCACUGUAAACGAAUUGGGAACAGCUUAUGUUUCUGCAACAACAGGUGCUGUAGCAACAGCUCUAGGACUCAAUGCGUUAACCAAGCAUGUCUCUCCGCUCAUAGGACGCUUUGUUCCCUUCGCUGCGGUAGCUGCUGCUAAUUGCAUUAAUAUUCCGUUAAUGAGGCAAAGGGAACUCAAAGUUGGCAUUCCUGUCACAGAUGAAAACGGGAACCGCCUGGGCGAGUCGGCAAAUGCUGCCAAACAAGCCAUCACACAAGUAGUCGUCUCCAGGAUCCUCAUGGCAGCCCCCGGCAUGGCCAUCCCUCCAUUUAUCAUGAACACUUUGGAAAAGAAAGCCUUUCUCAAGUCCACAUCUCUCUCCCUUCACGUUCACCCAUGUGAUGUACCUUUUCGCCAGAGGAGUCUUCUCGGGGACCAGGAGGUUCCCAUGGAUGAGCGCACCUAUUCAAGUUGGAUUAGUUGGCUUCUGUUUGGUAUUUGCUACACCUCUGUGCUGUGCUCUGUUUCCUCAGAAAAGUUCCAUGUCUGUGACAAGCUUGGAGGCCGAGCUGCAAGCCAGGAUCCGAGAGACCCAUCCUGAAUUACGGCGGGUGUACUUUAACAAGGGAUUAUAAAGUAGGGAAAGAAACAUCUUCAGAGGAUCCUACCAACUGCAAGUGUGGUGUAGCCAAGUUGGUAAGGAAUAUCCUGGUCCUGGUCAACUGGUGACAGAAACCUUUUAACGAUCUACAUUAGCCUUUUAGAGUCAAGCUGCUACUUAUAGCACAGCACCUGGGGUGGCCUCCCCUUACAUUUGAAUCAUGGUAUAAUUUACAGAAACACCCUUCCUGUAGCUUUUAUAGCCACUCUUUUUGCAAAGACAAUAUCCCAACCCUCACCCAGAGUUUUCAAAAGCACCGUUAGGCAUAGAGUAGAUGUUCAGUAUAUUGACUGUCAGUCAAUGAAAAGGAAAUCUGUUUAAAAUACUGAAUUUUUAUCCUACUCUUGUUUCAAAUCAAGGAGAGCUCUCAGUAGUGAGUUGAGAAAACACAAAAGCCCUGAAGCUAAACUGUAAAAGAAAAUGACUCAUAAAUAUUAAGGACAGUUUACUUUCCUGCCCAGUUUGGGCUGGAGGCAACCCAAAGUAGAAGAUGAGUUCUUUGCAUUUGUAAGAUAAAAGCUCCUUCAUACACCUCCCGGAAAAGUCAGAGUGAUAGACAAUGGUGAAAGGUCCCUGCUGUCAACAGCUGUAUGCUUUCAUAUUGCUGGUGGAUUUCUUCGGUUGAGUUUGAAAUUUAUUCUAUUUUACAUUCUUAUGAAGAUAUUAAUCUUACCUUGCAUUUGUUGACUUUAUAUUCAAUCAUUUAAAUCAACUAAUCAAAUAACGGAAAUGCACAAAUGUCAAAUUUUGGAAGUAUAUUCGAAACCAACGCUGUAUGACUGGGUUGAAUCUGGCGUGUUUGAUUUUUUUUUUUUUAUAAGCGAGAGAACAGUUCCAUCUGCCUGCAUGUCUUUUCUUGUCAUCCUCGUAGAUCUCUUUGGCUUUCAGAAAGAUACGGAAAUAAUGUGUAUGUGAAUCAAUGACUCAAUGAGUUUUACUUGAAUGUUGUAUAUUACAUUCCACCCUGUUUGAAAAUAAUGAACCCGUGGACCACUGUUUACAUUAUCUGUAGUAGCUUCACAUAUAAUAUAUUUAAUGUAACAGAUUAUGUUUCAAUUCUGUAGAGGUUCAAAGGCAUAUGUGAGGUGGUCAUUUCACUGAGUGUAGACCACUUGAUUCAAUUUGUAAUUCAGAGACUUAUAAGUGGGAAAAAAAUGUAGAAACUAGUUUGGGCAAAUUUUUCCUGACAAUGUGACCAGACUGAAUUUCCUCAUAAAGAAAAAAUGGUGUGCCUCGUG